UACUACAGAUAAAAUGUUUUAUCUUAAUGUUGUACUCGUAAUAGUAGCACACAGACAUUGGAUAUGUCUGCUAUGGGAAGAAUAAUGCCCAUGUAGGCGGAGGUGUGAGCUGUUGUUUCGGUGGAGACCGCUCGCUUCUUUGGUUUUUGUCAGCGGGAUUGCCGUCCUUAUCCAAGCGCACCGACUCAGACCAUCUGCUCCGCCAGAACCCGCAGGGGGCCGUGAGAGCACCGGGCCAGCGUGGGCUUCGUACGCACCGCAGAGAAGAUGAAUAUCCAGGUUCUGCCAGAACACAAGCUCUCGUCGGUGGCCCCGCUGAAACAGUGCAAUGUGGAGAAAAAAGACGUAGAACUGAUACUGGUGAAGGACCAGAAUGGCGUCCAGUACACCAGUUCCUCCAUCAUUCCCACCCCUGGCCACCGCGCAGGUCCUCCCGGAUCCGAGGACGAUCGGGAAACUUGGGGCAAAAAAAUAGACUUUCUCCUGUCGGUCAUUGGCUUCGCGGUGGACCUGGCCAAUGUUUGGAGAUUUCCUUACUUGUGCUACAAAAAUGGAGGAGGUGCUUUUUUGAUCCCCUACAUUCUUUUCUUGGUCAUUGCGGGGAUGCCAUUGUUCUACAUGGAACUUGCCUUGGGCCAGUAUAACAGGGAAGGGGCAGCUACAGUUUGGAAAAUAUGCCCUGUUUUUAAAGGUGUGGGCUACACAGUGAUCAUCAUAGCACUGUAUGUUGGCUUCUACUACAAUGUCAUCAUUGCCUGGUCCCUCUACUACCUGUUCUCCUCCAUGACCAAUGAGCUGCCAUGGCUCAAAUGUGGCAACAGCUGGAAUAGUCCGAACUGCACCGACCCCAAAUCCAUCAACGGAUCCCUCCUCGGCAAUGGAACGUCUUACGCCAAGUACAAGAUCACCCCGGCAGCAGAGUACUAUGAACGGGGUGUGCUACAUCUCCAUGAGAGUAGGGGUAUCCAGGACCUGGGCCUGCCUCGCUGGGAGCUGACCUUGUGUCUGGUGGUGGUGGUCUUCAUCCUAUACUUCAGCCUUUGGAAAGGUGUCAAGUCCUCUGGGAAGGUGGUGUACAUCACAGCUACCAUGCCCUAUGUGGUCCUUUUCGUUUUGUUGAUUCGAGGCAUAACUCUACCAGGGUCCAUGGACGGCAUCAGGGCCUACCUCCACAUCGACUUCAAGCGGCUCAACAAUCUAGAGGUGUGGAUUGAUGCUGCCACCCAGAUAUUCUACUCACUAGGAGCAGGAUUUGGGGUGCUCAUUGCAUUUGCCAGUUAUAACAAAUUUGACAACAACUGCUACAGGGAUGCUCUCUUGACCAGUACUGUGAACUGUGUCACCAGUUUCUUCUCAGGGUUUGCCAUAUUUUCUGUACUUGGAUACAUGGCUUAUAAACAUGGGGUCAAAAUUGAAGAUGUGGCAACAGAAGGGGCAGGAUUGGUGUUUAUCAUCUACCCUGAAGCAAUUUCUACGCUGCCUGGUUCAACAUUUUGGGCUAUUGUGUUCUUCAUCAUGUUGCUGACUUUGGGCAUUGACAGCUCGAUGGGUGGCAUGGAGGCAGUCAUCACAGGCCUGACAGAUGACUUCAAGAUCCUCAAGAGAAACAGGAAGCUCUUCACCUUUGCCACAGCCUUUGGAACCUUCCUGGUUGCCCUUCUCUGCAUUACUAAUGGUGGGAUCUACGUGCUGACGCUGUUAGAUAAGUAUGCAGCAGGGACAUCGAUACUGUUUGGUGUGUUGAUCGAGGCCAUUGGAGUGUCAUGGUUUUAUGGUGUGGACCGCUUCAGUGAAGAUAUCGAGCGAAUGAUGGGCUUCAAGCCAGGACUCUACUGGAGACUAUGCUGGAAAUUUGUCAGCCCAGCUUUUCUGCUGUUUGUGGUAAUAGCCAGUACUGUGACAUCAUCAGGCCUGAAGUAUGAUGACUACGUUUUCCCUAACUGGGCUAACAUAGUUGGCUGGGGUGUGGCCAUGUCCUCCAUGCUAUUUGUCCCCUUCUACGCCAUUUAUAAAUUCUGCAGUGUACCAGGAACAUUCAAAGAGAGGAUAGCCUAUUGCAUCACUCCAGAACAUGAACAUCAUUUGGUGGCUGAGGGAAAUGUACGGCAGUUCACACUCAAGCAUUGGUUGGCCAUCUGAUGACAAAUUCUCAGAAGUCCCUCGUGCAUCCUCACAUCUGGUGUUUGGCGUUCCUGUGUACCACCAGUGGUUGGAAAGACAAGGAGAGCAACAGGCUCCAACCUCUCUCAGCAGCCUCAAUCAUCUCCCUGUGCAUUUACUACCCAAGGCCUUUGUUGUCAACAGUAGCUUCAAGCACUUUGAUUUCAGAGUUAUGCCUGUUAAUGUUUUGAAGCCUAUUCAACACCUUUAGCUCACAGGGGACAGGCACCCUAUGGGUAAAAUGUAUUGUUAGUUACCCAUGGACAUCAUUACCUUUUUACAGAAACUACAAUUAAAGACAAAACAAUCCAAUUUUCCCACAUAUGCCUACACAGGGGACCCAAACAUUUACAUUUUUGAACUUUUCCUAGGCCUAUGAUUAUUUAUUAUAUAUUAUGUGUUAAUUUUGGCUGUUCUGUUGGCUGAGUGGCUUAUCUGUGUCAGUGCCUUAUCAAGCAAGACACUCCAGGUUUCUUACAGUCCGUACAGGAAGAAAUGACAAACUGUGUUGACUCAGGAAUCCACCAAAUCAAACCACAGUUUGUGGCUGCCAAUCUCGAUUUGACCCAGUUUAUUAAAACUCAAGUCAAAACGCUGAAGGCCAACAAAGUAUUAAGGCCAAACUCCUUAAGAAAGACAAAACAGGCCUGAUAUAAUGCUUUUGUAUUGCAUUCUGUUAAAGAAAAGGGAAUACUUCAUACAUCACUACAAAGUUUUAAAAGAACUGAAGCAGGGUCCAUUCACCUCUUAUGCUUCGAAUGGCCAGGCUCAAAAAACCCUCUGUUGUGUUUCCCCUAUAUGCAUUCCACAGCAGCGCAGUUUUGUCUCAUCAAAUGCAAUAAACUCAAACACUAUCUCUACUUUAAGCAGCAAGCGUCUCUCAGUAGCCUCAAUCAUCUCCCUGUGUAUUUCACCUACCAGACAUUGCCACCAUUUAGGAGACUUUUAUCGGUUGUUCAAACGCUCAGCUGGGGGCAACGAAGGCUCUGCUGCCAGUCUCGCCACCUACCUAUUACAACGAAGUUCAGUGAAGACGCAGAGAUGGAGCAGAACAAAAAGGUACGCCACUCCUCUUUAUCAAAGGGGGUACCUUCUUUGUCUCUAUGGAAAGUCUGUUAUUUAUCUAACUCAAUGAUGUAAUAUCUAGUGGGGACAUGUCCUCAAUAUCCUGUUUUUGCCCCACCUCCACACCACACACCCUUUUUUUAAUACAGUGAAACACAGCGGUAACUCUCUAAAACAUUAAUUUACAUUAGUCUUCUUAAACGUAUACACACAUGUGUUAUGAUGAUAGUGUAGUGUGCAACAGAUCUACCAGUGCUAGUAUAGCUUAUAUCUCUAUAAGGGUUAUGGGUUAAACAUGGGUUAUGGGUAGGAACGUCAGUAGCAAAUAUUGGAUCAAAUUCAGGGUUUAUUAAUCAAUGUAACGUCGCCUAUGCCUAGAUGGCGAGGGUUUCUACUAGGUUAGGUUUUCUGUUUUGAUUUGAUUAGCUAAACGGAGCAUUUUAUUAAACGUAAUUCGACAUCUAUAACUGUGUACAAAUGUGUCUAAAGCCUUUCCAGUGUCAGUGGACACGCAAAAAUAUUGCGGCGGAGCAAAAUAAAAUAUACGCACUUCAGUACCUCUGCUGGAAAAAAUCCUAGGGCAAACACUGCAACCAGACCUUAAUCUCUAAGAAAGGCUGCUUACUGAACGUGAGAAACAAAUGGCUUAACUGUUACAAACUGUUUUGUAUUAUUGUUGUGUGAGUUUUACUUUGCAGGUGUUUGUUUAGUGCUUCUGAGGGAUAUCUGUGGUUUUCCCUCCAAAGAGAGAGAGAGAGAGAGAGAGAAUGUAUGUGUGUGUAUUGGGAUUUCAUUGCCAACCACACAGUAUGCUGUUAGUGUACAGUACAUGGAGGAGUGACAACUGUCAAAUGCCUCUUUCACUGCACUGUAUAACUAUUAUGUUAAAUGCAUAACUGUUAUAUUUUCAUUUGAACCAUAUCUUGUGAUGUUACUUUUUCAUCACCAAAGAAGUGCCAAUAUGUUCCUUUAGGAAUGUUUUUGAUUAUCUUAUUCUGUUUCUCUGUUUUAUUUAUUAUAAUGAAGUUGAAUUUUAACCUUGAAUCAUAACAGACCCUUACUGAAAGGAAUAAAGCCACAAAGAAAAGAACACAUACAUGUCGAAUAUAUAAGGAGAUAUAAAAUAUAUAAAUAUAUUCUUUUGUUAUAUCUAAUCUUGUAUUUAUCAAAUUGUUUAUAACAAAACGUGAAUGUAAAGUAUUUUAAGCGUAACCGUCCACAGUCAUAACAUGGUGUUCGAUGUAUAGCUAAGAUGAACUAUUUAGAAAAAAUAUUCUUCAGUGUAACCCUGGGCUAUUUUGUCACAUAUGGAUGUGAACAAAUACACCCUGGCUUUCCUGGACUCUGUUUACAAAAAUAAUGUGUACAAUACUAAUGUCCUGUUGAACGUGAGUGACAACUAUCUAUGAAGAAGUCUGAAGUAUUCACCCUAUGAUAAUAAAGAAAUUCUUCUACACACA